CUCCGCUUCUCCCCCCUACAUACACACACACACGCACACCACGCUCGCGCCCUUCGCACAUCGCUCCCCGAGGAGUUUGGCGUUCUGCCGCUCACUUCCUCUUCUCGCCAGCUGCAGAGCAGAGCUACCACAGCUGCCGGAAGACAAUGGCCGCCGCAUCGCUGCUUGCCCGGACCUCGCGCUCAGUCGCAACACGAGGCGCCUGGACACAGCUGAAGACACAACAUGCUGCGACCAGCAGAAUACCCGCGCUCUCGGCCUUGGCCAGAUACUAUGCCUCCAAAUCCUACCCACCCCACACCGUCAUAUCCAUGCCUGCCCUCUCCCCCACGAUGACCGCCGGAAACAUUGGCACAUGGCAGAAGAAGCCCGGAGACACCCUCUCCCCCGGAGAUGUGUUGGUGGAGAUCGAGACAGACAAGGCACAGAUGGAUUUUGAGUUCCAAGAAGAGGGUGUGCUCGCAGCGAUUCUCAAAGACUCGGGCGAGAAGGAUAUUGCAGUGGGAAAUCCAAUUGCGGUCAUGAUUGAGGAGGGCGGAGAUAUCUCAGCAUUUGAGGGAUUCAGCAUUGAAGAUGCCGGUGGCGACAAGAGUGCGCCGGAGAGCAAGAAGGAGGGCGGACAGGAAACGGCAGAGGCAUCGGAGGCCCCGGGCAACCCAGGCUCUGGCACCGCACCCCCUGCACCAAAGGAGGAAGCACCAAAGGCUGUCGAGUCCGAGUCCACUGGCGAAAGACUGCAGCCUUCCAUCGAGCGAUCCACCAUCGGCCCGGCUCUUGCGAAGCUCGCGCUCGAGAAGGGAGUGUCUCUCAAGGGUAUCAAGGGCACCGGACCAGGUGGUCGCAUCACCAAGAAGGAUGUCGAAAGCGCGAAGCCAUCCAGCACGAGUGCCGCCCCAGCAGUCGCCGGUGUUGCUGCGGCCCCAAGCUACGAAGAUGUCGAGGCGUCGUCCAUGCGCAAGACGAUCGCCAAGCGCCUGACCGAUUCCAUGAACCAGAACCCUCACUACUUUGUCGCUUCUACCGUCUCCGUUUCGAAGCUCCUGAAGCUCCGCGCCGCAUUGAACACGUCCGGCGAGGGCAAGUACAAGCUCUCGGUAAACGACUUUCUCGUCAAGGCCCUCGCAUAUGCUGCCCGCAAGGUUCCCGCUGCCAACAGCUCAUGGCGUGAGGAGAAUGGCAAAGUCUUCAUCCGCCAACACAACACGGUCGAUGUCUCAGUCGCUGUCGCCACCCCUGUCGGACUCAUGACUCCCAUUGUCAAGAACGUCACUGGAUCUGGUCUCGAGGCUGUCUCAUCGCAAAUCAAGGAUCUUGGCAAGCGCGCCCGAGAUGGGAAGCUGAAGCCCGAAGAGUACCAGGGCGGCACCAUCACCAUUUCCAACAUGGGCAUGAACAAUGCGAUUGACCGAUUCACUGCUGUCAUCAACCCCCCUCAAGCAACGAUUCUGGCUGUCGGAGCAGUGAAGAAGGUUGCCGUGCCCAGUGAGGAUGGUGAGGGCGUCGAGUGGGACGAGCAAAUUGUACUGACGGGCUCGUUUGACCACAAGGUGGUGGACGGAGCCGUGGGAGGCGAAUUCAUGCGUGAGCUGAAGAAGGUCAUUGAGAACCCCUUGGAGCUUCUUCUAUAGAGCACGACGAUGAGGCGUGGGAUCAACACGAUAUUCGACAGGCGAUGGUGAGUCAAGAGGACAAAGUCCCGGCUGUGUAUCAAAGUAGCAGUCGAGGACGAAUUGCAUUUUCUUUUUUGCGCGGGACUUGCGUGUACAGUGAGCGAGUUGGGGGAGGAGGAGUACAGAUGGAUCUCUCAUCAGCGGUGCGAGGGAAAUAUCAAGUUUUCGGCUAGCGUGAUGCAUGUUAUUGCGUGUAUCGGGUACCCGUUUUGUGAGGAUGAUGUAUCAAAAGAGCACGAAAUGUCUCUUCUCUCUCUCAGUCUAUCUUUUUCUCUCUCCCUUUCUUUUGCAUGAUGUAAAUGAACAUAUACCAAGUUGUACCUUUCGCUGACCCAUGAAUGUACGAUUGUUGCUCCCGUCACUCCUUUCAUGACACGUUACUUAGUACUAUUCCUCUUUGCAGCAUUCACCGCAAAUUCUCGUAAAUUCUUCGGAGCAUCUCCUCUCGCCAUGUGCAUUUCCACAAACUGCAACCCCUUCCCCCUCCCAAAUCCCUCCUCAUCCCUCAACAACUCCUCCAACUCCCUCCUCCCUCUAACCUUCCAAGUCUUCACCCUCUUCUUCUUAUUUUCCCCCUCCUCCUCCACAGUCAACACCUCCGGAAUUUUACUAUACUGCCACCUCUGAAUAUCAUUAUAAUGCGCCUCAGGUCCAUGCACCCACCUCUCAAUCUCAUACCCAUCAUUCUCAAUGACAAACAUAAUAACAUCCAAUUCCAACCUCAUAAUCGUAGAAAGUUCUUGACAAGUCAGUUGAAAACUUCCAUCGCCUUCGAAACAUAUGACUCUUUUAUGUUGUUGAGGAGAGUCUGAAUUUUGAAGGUUGUGUUCGCGAGCGUACAAGGCUGCACCUUGAGCGGCUCCGACGCCGUAGCCGAUGCUGCUCCAGAGGAUUUGAUUGAUGAGGGUGACGUUGCGAGGGAGGAGGGUUUCCCAAAUUCCCAUGAAGGAGGUUCCGGUUUCGGUGAUCAGGAUGUCGUUUGAGCGGAGGAAGGUGGAGAGGCGGGGCCAGAGGUAUUCGUGGGUGAUGAGGUCUUGUUCUUCUUCUGUUGGAGGGGUUGAUGAGGAGGAGGAGGAGGCGAUCAGAUCAUUUGACGUCGUGUCUUCUGCUGCUGUUGCAGCACCGAUUUUCUUCGGAAUUUCCAAAGCGCAACAAGACAAUUUUUCCACCUCCAACGCCUGCUCCAAUUUCGGAACAAAAGAUUUAAAAUAUACUUUUUCGAAUUUCGCAUAUCCCACCGCGACACAAUCGUAUUCGAUAUCGAUCGUAUUCAAUUUACUGAAUUGAUACGUAAAACCCGCCGUGUUGAGAUCCGAUUGGAUGGUGCCAAUGGUAAUCACCAAAUCGCUACUUUCCAACGCAGCAGCGACUUCCGGAUGUGAUGCAGCUCCUGCGUAGAGGCCGACAAAGUUGGGGAGAUCUUCGUCGACGGUCCCUUUGCCCAUGGGCGCGACGAAGACGGGGAGAGGGGCUUUGCGGAUGAGGGCGCUGACGGCGGGGAGGAUCCUCCUCCUCUGCGCCGCCCCAUCAACCAAAAACACCGGUCGUCUCGCCUUAUAAAUCUUCUCCAACACAAUCUGCAACGCCAAUUCCUCCGCUUCGGAAUUACUCGCGCGCGGUCUCGUAUCAAUCGGGAUUUCCAACAAACUCGCAUCCACGGCCUGAUCGACCAUAUCCGUCGGUAAUUGAAUAUACACGGGUUGAGAAUCUUUGUAACAAAUGGCGAGCACACGAUCGAUUUCUGCAGGAGCAGUAAUCGGAUCGAGGAGAUUGGUUUGCGCAAUUGUGAUUUCUUGAUGGAUUCGGGCGAAGACGCGGAAAUCGCCGUUUCCGAGAGUAUGAUGCAACAACAUCCCCUCCCUCUGACUCUUCCUCCCAGGCGUGCCAACAAUAUGCACAACAGGAACCCGUUCCGCAUACGAUCCAGCAACAGCAUUCACAGCCGAAAGUUCACCGACUCCAAAUGUCGUACACAGAGCUCCGAGGCCAUUGAGUCGGGCAUAUGCAUCGGCUGCAUAGCCCGCGUUUAAUUCAUUGCAAUUCCCGACCCAUUGCACGCCGCUGCUGUGCACGAAAUCUAACAUGCGCAAGGAGAAAUCUCCGGGGAGGCCGUGGCAGGAGAGGCAGCCGAGUUGGCGGAGGCGGGUGAAGAGGUAUUCGGCGAUGUUGACGGUGCGAGGGGGGGUGGUUAGGGAGUGAGGCAUUUUUUUGGGUGAGGAGUGAUGGUGAUGAUGGGAGGAGGAGGAGGAAAUGGAGGAAAUGGAGG